AUGAAUACAGAUAGUGGUGGGUGUGCUCGCAAACGUGCUGCCAUGUCUGUCAAAUUAACUGCUGUGAAGAGGGUUCAGAGUUCUCCAAACCUAUUGACCGCAGGACUUGAUUCUCAGUCUCCAGACUCAGCUUGGAGAUCAUUUAACAAUGGGAGUAGAGAGACACUGAAUGGAGACACUAGCAGUUCCUCUCUUGCAGCAAAAGGCUUUCGAAGUGUCCGUCCAAAUCUACAAGAAAAGAAAUCGCCAGUUCAGGCUCAGAUAACAGUGAACGGGACCUCUAGUGCAGCUGUCAGCCCAAUGAGUCACUUUCAAAGGCCUUUCUCCCCUUCCUUGGCAUACUGUCCACCAACUUCACUCAAUUCAAGCACAGUUGUCCUACAGCAUAGUAGGACGAUGGAAUCCACGGAGACCUACACACAGCAUGCUCAUUCUCUUGGCGGCAGCAGCACCACCAGUACAAUACCAAUCAGUAGAACUUCUGAGGAAGAAAAGAAAGUCACAGUCAUUAAAGCUCCACAUUAUUCAGGGAUUGGCCCAGUUGAUGAAUCAGGAAUCCCGACUGCAAUUAGAACGACAGUUGACAGGCCGAAGGAUUGGUAUAAGACGAUGUUCAAGCAAAUCCACAUGGUUCACAAGCCUGAUGACGACACAGACAUGUAUAAUACUACAUAUGCAUAUAAUACUGGUAACUUCAGCCCAUCCUUUUCCAGUCAAGCACAUCCUGCUGCCAAGACUCAGACAUACAGACCACUGACAAAAAGUACUUCUGACAACAGCACUGAAGCCUUUAAGGUCUCAUCCCCUGUACCUCCACCACCUCCAGUACCACCGAUUCGUCCACGGCAGAGAUCUGCACCCGAGAAAAAUGACUGGGACCCUCCUGAUAGAAAAGUGGACACCCGCAAAUUCCGUUCGGAACCAAGGAGCAUUUUUGAAUAUGAGCCAGGGAAGUCUUCAAUUCUUGAACACGAAAGACCGACUUCCUUGUAUUACAGUCCAACAGACAGAGGCUUGGACAGACCUUCUAGUUCUGCAAGUACCGCAAGUGACUACAGGAAAAGAAGGAAGUCAGAACCUGCAGUAACUCAGCAGAGGGCGCACAAUGACCCAAAUGCAAACCGGGCCAGUCUGGGCCGUACAGAUACACAGAGCACCUACGCUACCCUUAGGAAGCCUGUCACUAGCUCAUCUCCAUCUUCUCCGUCCAGAGCAAAAGGUGGGGAUAUUAGCACACCAUACUCACCCCUUCCCAGUUAUUCAGUGCCCAACCACAGCACCUCAAAUGAAUCAGAUUACUGUAGUAGGACCUAUGGACAGCGUUUGGCUGUCCCAAGUGACUCAAGAAGGGCAAUCAGCUACAAAAAUGGCUGGCAAAUGGCCCGCCAAAAUGCAGAAGUCUGGAGCAGCACAGAAGAAACUUCCUCCCCCAAGCGGAAAUCUCGAAGCUGUGAUGACCUGCUAGCAGAUGAACACUGUAACUUUCCUGACCCUCAGAAUAAGUCUGAAAGCAUGGUGUCUCUGUUAUGUGAGGAAGAUUCUAAAAGUGGGUCUUCACUUACCUGGGCCUCCCCAUAUUCUGAGAGCCGAGGUCCCGGUAGGUCAAGAGCCCGUCAUCGAUCAGCCCAUGAUGCCCCCGGGUUCCUCAAAAUGUAUAAAAGAAUGCACCGCAUCAAUCGUAAAGACUUGCUCAAUUCUGAAGUGAUUUGUUCUGUGAAGUCCAGGGUAUUGCAGUAUGAAAAAGAGCAACACAGAGCCCUUUUGCAUGGCUGGAAGGAAUCCUCUGCUGAGGAAGUGCCCAGAGAUAUGGUGCCCAAUAGAAUAUCUGAAUUUGAAAAACUAAUUCAGAAGUCCAAAUCAAUGCCAAAUUUAGGUGACGAAGCAUUAUCCACAAUGACCCUCCUUGAACCUCCUAAAAAUGGUUUAUUCUCAAAGAGGCGGUUUUCUAUUGAGUCCUUGCUGGAGGAGGAAAAUCAAAGUAGGCAUGCAGCUCAGGUACAAAGGAACUGCAAAUCUAAAACUCUGGUGCCAAUUCAUAUCGAAGUGACCAGUGAGGAACCACAAAGAUCUCAAUUGGAGUAUUCGGACAGUGACCAAGAUGGAGUGGUCUCUGACCUCAGUGACUUCAUACAGAUAGAAGGCUCGUCUUUUUGCAGCGAAAGUGAUUUUGAUCACUUUUCCUUUACGUCUUCUGAAAGUUUUUAUGGUUCAGGCCACCACCAUCACCACCACCACCACCAUCAUCACCACCAUCACAAACAUCUUAUCAGCUCCUGCAAGGGGCGGUGCCCAGCAUCCUAUACACGCUUCACUACAAUGCUGAAGCACGAAAGGGCUAAACAAGAACCGACUCCCGAAGACCCUAGAAGGCAAGAUGCUGACCCUGGCCUCUCUAAGAUAGCAUUUCUAGUCAGCCCAGUGCCUUUCCGGAGGAAAAAACCCGCAAUCCCCCAAAAGAAGGCUGAAAAGACUAAAUGCAAAUCUUCCGUCUUUGAAGCCCUGGACUCUGCUCUGAAGGAUAUCUGUGACCAAAUCAAAGCAGAAAAAAGGAGGGGAAGCUUGCCUGAUAACAGUAUAUUGCACAGACUUAUUUCUGAGCUGCUUCCAGACAUUCCUGAAAGGAAUUCCUCCCUUAAAGCUCUUAGAAAGAGCCCCAUUCAUGAGCCUUUUCACCCACUGCCUCAAGAUGGUGCUAUUCGUUGCCCAUUGUAUGAAUGUGGAAGGUUGCCUCUUAGUGCCUCUUACCAAGACAUGGAUCCGGUGAACAACGGCAGCCAAGAAAACGAUAGUUUCCCAGACCAGGGGUCUCCUGGGAACUAUUCUUCUACUUUCACUGAUGUGGGUCGAUGUACUCCAAAGGAAAGAAGAGGAACUCCAGAGAGAGAGAGAUUGCCUGCUAGAGCAGUAUACGAUUUUAAGGCUCAGACCUCUAAGGAACUAUCCUUCAAGAAAGGAGAUACUGUCUAUAUCCUCAGGAAAGUGGAUCAAAACUGGUACGAGGGUGAGCACUAUGGAAGAGUUGGGAUUUUUCCUAUUUCUUACGUUGAGAAACUCACUCCCCCUGAAAAAGCACAGCCGGCAAGGCCACCGCCCCCAGCACACAUUGGAGAGAUUGGAGAAGCUGUUGCCAAAUACAAUUUCAAUGCGGAUACAAAUGUGGAACUGUCUCUGAGAAAGGGAGACAAAGUAAUUCUCCUCAGACGGGUUGAUCAGAACUGGUACGAAGGCAAACUUCCAGGAACCAACAGGCAAGGCAUCUUUCCUGUGUCCUAUGUAGAAACCGUCAAAAAGAACACAGCCAAAGGGGCUGAGGAUUAUCCUGUUCCUCCAAUACCCCAGAGUUAUUCCAGUGACAGAAUACACCAUUUAGGUUCAGCUAAGCCACAGCGCCCUGUGCUUGCUCAUGAAAAUAUACACAGUGGGGGGGAACCGUUUCAGGUUCUGUAUAACUAUACUCCUAGGAACGAAGAUGAAUUGGAGCUCAGAGAGGGAGAUAUCAUUGAUGUGAUGGAAAAGUGUGAUGAUGGAUGGUUUGUGGGAACCUCAAGAAGAACAAAAUUCUUUGGUACUUUCCCUGGAAACUAUGUCAAGAGGCUGUGAAAUUUUGUUUCAUUUAUUUUUCCCCCCCUACUUAUUUAUGCUGCAUCUCUGCAACACCACAUCUGCAUAUAAAGCUGCUAGAAAAACAUGCUCCACCGGCCUUCCGUUUUCCUGCUUUGCAGUUCCGAGUAGAAGCCAUCUAAUUCAUCUUCACCACCACCCAUCUUCAUCUGCCAGCCCAGCAGUAUUACCGUUAACGUCUACGAUGGGAUAUUUUAUAGGAAAUGAAGAAUUAAUUCAACAUUUAGUACAUUUUUUUCCUUGCAUCACACUUUCUCUGCUGCCUUCCAGUUUGAAAUACAGAAAUAAGACAAAAAAGUUUAGGGUCAGCAUGAUGCUUCAAGGAGACCCAUAUUAUUUGGAGUAUUCACAAUACUAUCCUUAAGGGGGAAAUGUUCGCCGCUUAGAUACAUCAGAUUGCAUUUUUUCCUACUUUUUAAUUGUUGUUUGAGAUUUUCAUGUUCCUUUUAUGCACAUGGUACUUUCAUUUCAUUGUGUCACAGGUAUGCCUCUUUUACUUGGCUUCAGACAGUAUUGUACAGAUGCUGAAUGCGCAGUUGCAUUUCCUGUACUGGCACACAUUGCGGCCUGAAGUUGGGGUGCAUGCAUCUCUCUGUGCGAAGCAGGUGCUCCCCAUGCAGUGCAGGGAAAAUGUGGAAGUCCUCAUUUCAUACCUUAAUGAUGAGUGUAGGAAAAGAAAGAAACAAAAACACAUCUCACUUUCUGCACUGAUGUCUGUUAAGGCCCUACAUAGAGUCUCUCUUUGUGCAGAGAGGUUGGUACUACCAAAGAAAGUACAUUCCUAUUCCCAUCACUAAUGAUAUGUGUGAAAUGAGAAACACACUAAUAUAUCCUAUAUUUGUACAUAUCAUUAAUAUCUGAAGCAUCUCCAAAGGAAAUUGAGUUUACUUCUUGACACUAAGGAAGUGUCUUGAAAAAUCAUUAACAAUUAUGAGCCAGGCCAAGGGUGAAAGUAUUUAUAUACCCUGUUUCCCCGAAAAUAAGACCUACCCCAAAAAU